ACCCUUUCUGUUUCCAUUGCAGAGGAUGGUAAGAAGGGAACAAACAGUGAUUCCAGAAAAUAAUCCUCAGUAUACAACUGUUUAUGUAGGAAAUUUAGCUUCAGAGGUCACUCAGCUUGAACUCCACCGCCACUUUCAUGCUCUUGGUGCUGGAGUGAUUGAGGAGGUCCAGGUCCAAAGAGAUAAAGGAUUUGGUUUCGUUAGGUAUAGCACACAUGCAGAAGCAGCAUUAGCCAUUCAAAUGGGAAAUUCUCAGUCGCUUCUAUGCGGAAGACAAAUUAAGUGCUCCUGGGGUAGCAAGCCUACUCCCCCAGGAACAAGCUCCAAUCCCCUUCCUCCACCUGCUGCAGUGGCACCAUUACCGGGCCUUUCUACUGCUGAAAUAUUAGGCUGCGCAUGGUAA